UCGUUUCCCUCUUUUUCUAAUCAUCGUAUAUAGUGUCGAAAAAAGGUAGAUAGGGAUAUUAGAUUAUUUUAAUUACCUCUAAUUAUGAUGAAAACAUUAACUUGUAACUGCUUUAUAAUUUGUUGUAUCUAACUGCGUAAUAAUGGCGUCCAGGACAAACCGCCAAAAGAUCUGAUGAUCGUUCGCUUCUGUAAUCGUUGUUACGUAUAUUUUACUUUUUUUUAUACUUCAUUGAGACUAGAAUUAUGCAUUUAUUUAUUAUAUAGAAAUAUUAUGUGGGAUAAUCUUUUUAUACCUUUUACAAUCGGGAGAAGAAAAAAUUAAAAUCAUUCACCUGUAUGUUUUCCGUACGUAUUAAACGGCUCAACUGAUUCUCGAAUUGAAAAUAGUUCCUCGAUAAAAUUGUAUUAUUGCGCAAAAGAAAAAAGCUGAUUGGCUCUUUGCAAAAUUUCGCGAAUAACAAGCAAAAAUAUAGAUAAUGAUUAUAUUACUUUGAAAUUAUUGUAAUCGUAUUGUUUCCGUAUAUACAAAUAAUUUACUAUAAUUAAUCUUUUCUUUAAAAUCGCAGAUAGUACGUAUUUAGUGUGUAGUAACAUUUAAAAUUUUAUUUCUAUGAAUUUCCUAUAGAGGGCAAUACUGUAGACUAAUGAAAGUACACAUGAUUUCAAAGAAUUCAAACUACUCAAAGUGACAAAGUGUUUUGUAUUAUAGAUUUAUAAGAAAGAUUAAUUAUUUAUACAUUAUAUAUAAGUUUAAUAUUUAAAAAUGUCUUCGUUUACAUUUGGAACGCCUACUAUAACGUCGAGCAGUUCAGGUUUUGGAUUAGGAACUCAAAGCACAUCCUUUACUUCAACGACUCCAGCAACCGGGUUAACAUUUGGAACAUCAACUCCAGCUACUACUACUGGGCUAAACUUUGGUUUUGGGGCAACACCAGCAACUUCUGCACCUAGUCAACCAGCUACCACCUUGUUAGGAACUGGAACAGCCACAACAACGGCAGCACCUAAUCUAUUUUCAACUCCAACCACUUCUGCCCCUUUAUUUACAGGGCGUAAUUUUGGAACACCUGCUCAAAAUACAACAUUAAAGGGACCUUUAAAUACCACACCUGCAACGGGAGGUUUAAUGUUUGGGAAUCCUACCAGUACACCAUCCUUGUUUGGUUCUAUUAGUAGUGGUGGUUUAGCUGGUACAAAAUUAACAACCACUACGACUACGACCUCGACCACAAGUAGAGGAUUAGGUGGAUUAGAUGUUUCUGUUAAUAAUAAAGGUCUUUCCCAAGGAAGCAAUAGUCCAACAGCUGCAAAGGAAAAUUUAUUACCAAAUGAACUGAUGCAAACCAUAGAUAAAUUCAAAGAAUUUGUAAAAACCCAGAAGGUAUUAUCUUCUGAUAUAGCAAGGGGUUCUGCAAGACCAUUAAACCGUUGUGCAGAGGAUACUGCAUCAUUAAUGGAAAUUUUAACUACAUUAGCAGGAUCUGUUCAACGAGAUCGUGCUUUUGCCGAUAAGUUAAAACAAGAUACGGCAAAGGCAUUACAAAAUGCGGAAAUAGCUCAGAGAACAAACGACACACCACCUGGCUUGCAAUAUGAAAAUAAUGCGCCACUUUUAUUUUUCAUGGAAUUAACAGAAAAUUUUGAACACGACUUAAUGUUAUUUAGAUCUCAAAUUGAAACAACAGAAAAACAUAUACAAACUAUGAUGACACCAAAGACCUUAACUCCGCAAGAAUUAACUAUGGCUAUGAGUAAACUUCAUGAGUCUUUAGUUGCUGUUGCUGGAAAAUUACAAGGUGUACAUUCAAAAGUACAACAACAAAAGGAACAAUAUUUAAAUUUUAGAAAAUACGUGUUAAAAGAUAACACAAAUGUUUUUGAUGAUGUUAAAACAAAUGAAAAAUCAUUGCGAAAUACUAUAGGAAGAAUUACUAGUGGGCCAACACCUUUUAGUCCAGGCAAUAGAAGUUUCCUAUCUUCAACAGCAUUGAAUUCUACACAAGCAACCAGUUAUGACGCGCGAAAUCCUCUAGGUCUUGCGUGGAUCUAGUGUAAGGUAGAAAUUACUAACAUUUAACGUCCUUAUUAAGUACUGUAGAAGUAAUGUAUAAAAGACAUGAAUCUGCUCUGUGAUUUGUCUUCUUUACAUAUGAUACAUAUAUAUAUAUAUUUUUUUUGUUUGUUUCUACAUAUUAUUUUUAUUAUUUGAUUUUAAUUUUGCGUUUGCAGGGGAAAAGUAGAGGCUGUAUUUUAGUUAUUGAGGUAUUGAAUUUUACUUUCUUUUUUGUGUUAUAAACUAUGGGAAAAAUUAUGGAGCUUUUCUAUUUAAUAUUUUGGGAGCAAACUUGUGUUUGUCAAAUAUAAAAUAUUAUAUUUGGGUAUAUAUAUAUAUAUUAACUAAGUGAAAGAAAUGAAAAGUUUUGUCUUUUGCUUCUUAAGGAAUGGCUGUGUAUUUUAUGUAUGCUUUGAGUGCUCCUGCUUUAUCAUCGAAGUUGAUAUAAUAAUACUUGCAUUAUUCAAGAAAUUGGUGGUAAAAUUUGUACGUAAAGAUAAUAUUUCUGCUAGUAUCUUAUAGCUAGCAGAAUCUUUAGCGUAAGUGCAACUAUGGGUAAGAUGUAGUUUAUGUCAUUCAGGAAUUAUUCAAGUCUAGGAAAAAAUUGUAGUAGUUACAUUAGCAAUUUUUGCUGAUUAUUUCUAUUACAUAUCAAUUAUGGAUUAAAGCUGCAGAUAAUGUGUAACACUCAUUAAUGAUUCUAUGAAUUCAUGGAAAACAUCCGUCAGCUUCAACUAAUGUACGUGCAUUUAAGUUUACCAUGAUCUUUCAAUGAAUUCAUUUUCAUUAGUAAUUAUGUUGUUGCAGUUUGGGGUAGUACAACACCAGUCCCUUCUGCUAUAAAUACAACCAUAGAUUCGUCUGUCAAACCACCAACAGCAAGCUUGAAUUUCAACGCGCCGACAAAUCUUACUGCACCUUUGUCAACAAUUGAAUCAAAUUCGAGUUUCCAACUACAGAAACCACCGAUUGGAAAUAAAAGAGGGAAACAUUAAUUUUACUUUUUUUUUUUUUUUUUUUUUUUUUCUUUUUUUAUUUUCAUAAUUCAUAAAAA